UUAUUUAAUAAAUUAAUACCCAACAACCAAAACAUUUCUUGCAAUUUUGGUUGAUCCCACUUUUGGAUCUCAUAGAUUUGGAUUUAAAUAAAUUCAGCAUUAAAUAGACCUCAAAGCUCAAAGCAUACUUUUUCUCAUCUUCCUCCACCUAUUUUUCUCACCAAAAAAAAGGAAAAAAAAAAAAAAAAAAACUUCUUUUAAUUUAUUUAAUUUUAUUUUCGUCAUAAAUUUUCCCAAUCACUUCACCAAACCAAACUCUUCCUUCUUUGGAGUCUCCACCAAAGAGAGAGAGAAAAAAGCCACUUCUGAACUUCAUCCUUAAUCUCAUCUGGAGAUGCGAAAAUGUCUUUGGUAGCCAACGUAGAUUUCCAGCACAUUUUGCGUUUCUUGAAUCCCAACGUUAAUGAAAAGCAAAAUAUCAUGCUUCCUAUCAAUGGAUUUGGUCGCCGUUUCUCCAACAUUUGUUGUAAGAAACCCGACAUUGAUGUCAAUUCAAGGCUAGUAAAUAGGGGAUGUAAGCUAGUAGGUUGUGGUUCUGCUGUACCAAAGCUGCAGAUCUCCAAUGAUGAUCUUUCUAAAUUUGUUGAAACUUCGGAUGAAUGGAUAUCUACUCGAACAGGGAUUCGCAAUCGACGUGUCCUUUCAGGUAACGAUAGCUUGGUAGGCUUAGCUGCCGAAGCAGCUAGGAAUGCUCUACAGAUGGCCAAUGUUGGCCCAGAUGAUAUUGACCUUAUCUUGAUGUGCACUUCUACAGCCGAGGACCUCUUUGGCAGUGCUCCUCAGGUACAAAAAGCAUUAGGAUGCAGCCGAAGUCCCUUGUCUUAUGAUAUUACUGCUGCUUGCAGUGGAUUUUUGCUGGGUCUGGUGUCUGCUGCUUGUCACGUAAGGGGUGGUGGAUUCAAGAAUGUCCUAGUUAUAGGUGCUGAUGCUCUUUCUCGUUUUGUUGACUGGACUGAUAGAGGAACCUGCAUACUGUUUGGUGAUGCUGCUGGAGCUGUAGUAGUGCAGGCUUGUGACAGUGAAGAAGACGGCAUGUUUGCUUUUGACCUGCAUAGUGAUGGUGAGGGUGCAAGGCAUUUAAAUGCAUCCCUGAGACCUGAUGAAGUGGAUGAAGCAAUAAGCAACAAUUGUGCCAUGGCAGGUUUCCCCCCAAGGCGCCCAUCCUAUUCAUGUAUUAAUAUGAAUGGAAAAGAGGUCUUUCGCUUUGCUGUAAGAUGUGUGCCCCAGUCAAUUGAGGCUGCACUUCAAAAGGCUGGUCUAAAUAGUUCCAAUGUUGAUUGGUUAUUAUUGCAUCAGGCAAACCAGAGGAUUAUUGAUUCAGUUGCAACACGUUUGGAAGUUCCUACAGAACGCGUCUUGUCUAAUUUGGCAAAUUAUGGUAACACCAGUGCCGCAUCAAUCCCCUUGGCAUUGGAUGAAGCUGUUCGGAGUGGAAAAGUUCAGCCAGGACAUAUCAUUGCAACAUCUGGAUUUGGUGCUGGUCUUACAUGGGGAUCUUCCAUUAUCAGAUGGGGAUAAAGAAAGAAAAUAUUGUUCAUCAUCAUCCUCCUGUUUGCAACAUCAUAUUGUUGGUUAAAGAGGAGGGCGUUGGGGGAAGCGUUGUUUAACACUUGCAGUUCUUUCUUGAAGAAUCUCACUUCCCCUGGUUACAGAUGAUUCAGGAGCAACACCUCUCAUAAUUCACAGAAGCUCCAUCAGAGUGGCCCCUUCGCGUGUUAUAUAUAUUUCCCUUUAUUGCCUGAAUAAGUUCUAUUUAUUCAAAUCAGGUGAAUUUAUUCACACCUAGUUAAAAAAAAUCUCCAAGCUGUCAUUCAUAGUUUUUUUUUGCAGUCAGUACGCAGAGCUAGGAAUUUUUUCAGGUGAGUGAUUCAAACAGCUUCUCUAGGCCUGUUCAUCCUGUCUGCUAGACCGUUUAUUUUGAAUUGUGUUUAGUAUUUUCAUCUUUAUUGAUUUACUGAAGAGGUUAUCGCGAUUACAGAUUUAUGUAGAAAACUGUUUUUUUGAAAGGGAGAAAUAAUCAAUUUUUUUACUGAAUUGUUGUUAGGAAGGAUUUGGUAAGGGUGUCUUAGCUGAAGAUGGGUAUAUGUUGCAAAAUGAUAAUCCUCAUUUGGUUUCAUUUGACUUCAAUUUAAUUUUUGAGAAUGAUUUUAUUGAA